AUGAAGCUCCUGGUUUCAGUGUUUCUGCUGCUGGCUCUCGGUUAUUUAGCCACAGCUGAAGUUGUGGCGUUUGCUGGAAAAUGCAAUAAGUUCUUUCUCAAGAAACAACCACCCACUGGGCCAGCAGGUCCUCAGUACAGGGAGAUCUGCCAAAAGAGAGAUCCAGCAGGCAAUUAUGAAUUUGCAACGCUCUAUGACACCAGCAACAAGAUCCCUGUCUACUCUGCUUAUAAGUUUCAGUCUAAUGGCGGAUGUUCUAGGGACACACCAUGGUACAUUGAACCGCAGUACAAAAAUGAAUUGAAAUUGUUUUUUAAUCCUCUACAGCUGGAUGACCCGACCAAAGGACCUGAGAUGAAUACUCAGGGCACAGUAACUAAACCCCCAAGAGGCGAUAACCAAGCUCUGAAUGAUGAUUAUGAUGGGAGCGGCUACCAUAGGGGACACCUGGUUCCAGUCUACCACCGAAAUGCCAAGCAAUGCAUAGAUGCCACAUUCACCCUCACAAAUGCUGCCCCACAGUACCCCAAAUUUAACUCAGGAGCUUGGAGGGUAGCAGAGGCAACUGUCGCAAAAACAUUGGAUACUGAUUGCUUGAACCGUGGUUUUAAAGCUUAUAUUAUUACUGGUGUGGUGCCAGGAAAUACAGACAUCAAAGGAAAUAAUCCACCCAACCCUGGGAGUGUUAAUGUUCCUGAUUAUUUCUGGAGCGCCUACUGUUGCGUCGACAACAAUAAAGUACCAGUACCUUCAGUCUUUGGCGCCUACCAUAGGAAGAAUGAUAACAGCAAAAUAGCAACAACAUCAACCACAAUAGCCAACCUGAAUGCUAUGCUCCAGGGAGUCUAUGGCACUGGCUUUAGAGUGUUUGGUAAUAACUGUUGA